AUUAUAAUCAAGUGACAUGACAAAGUUUCCAAAUGCCAACAAAGUGAAAAACUUUUUAUUUUCUUCAAUCAAUAACUUUAUUAUAUUUAUAUUAAGCAACAAAUUUAAUUAUUACCUUUAAAUAUAAUACCUACAUCAAGAAAUACAGAAUGAUUACAUAUAGUAAACAAUUUUAACUUUUGUAUGACUCAUUAACUACUUACUAAAUUAAUAUGUAUACAAAUUUUUCUUGAUUCGUUAAAUACAAGCCCUAAAAUGUCUGAAAGAAAGGGCACUAAAGCUCUCGAAUUGUGGUGCAAACGCCUAGUAAAGGAUUGCCCCAACGUUCAAAUUGAUAACAUGACAACGUCAUGGAGGAACGGCAUUGCCUUUUGUGCCUUAGUUCAUCAUUUCAGACCAGAUUUAAUUGAUGUAUCAACAUUAAAACCUGAAAACAUAUAUGAAAAUAAUCAACUGGCCUAUAGCAUUGCCGAACAACAUUUGGGAAUACCAUCAUUGUUGGACCCUGAGGAUAUGGUAGAUAAUGAAGUGCCUGAUAGACUAUCAGUAUUAACAUACUUAUCUCAGUUUUAUCAACGUUUAGGUCAUACAGUAAACAACAAAUCAACUGAGAAUGAUUCAAAGGUGUCAUUAGCAUCAACAACUCAAUCUGCUGCACCAAUAAAAUUUGGAAAAUCAGGGCAUGACAAAUGUGCAGCAUGUGGUCUACCUGUCUACUUAGCUCAACGUUUACUUGUAUCUCACAAACUUUACCAUAGAAGAUGUUUCCGUUGUUCUAAGUGUUCUGGGCACCUUAAUCCAAAAAAUUUUGAAUUAAUUGAAGGAUCUGAAUUUUCAUGUGAUAGUUGUAAAAAUGAAAAAACAUUAUCAAAAUUCUUCAAUAAUAAUGAUCACAACCAAAUGGGUAUGUUGGCAUUUAGUGAGGUUUUACCAGAAAAACCCACAGAAACAGAAGAAACUAUACUAACACAAAAUCGACCUAGACCUCAAUCAGUUUUAGAAAAAAUAAGCAUGUUUGAGAAGAAUGUUGAAAAUGAAACAAACAUUGAAGAUAAAUUAUCAAAUCUUUCUAUAAAAGGCAAUUUAAAUAGUAAUCUUAAAGAAUCUAAUACUUCCAGUAUUAGUAAUAGCAGUAUCAUAGACAAUGUAAAAUCUACCGAUGCAGACACUAAUUUUGAGUCAACAUUAGCAAAUAAAACUAUAAGUUUAAAAACUCCAGAAUCACUGGACACAAUAAAUAAAUCUGAAAAAGUAUACAGAAGUAAUAUUCACAAAUUCAAUUUCCUGCAAACACAAUUGUCAGGUGACAUAUUAGAUAGUGAUAACAGCAAUACCUUAGAUAAUGUAGAACCAGAAGAAACAAGGCAUAACAGGGAAGACUGUUCUAACAAUAUAACAGAGAUAAUUGAGAAUAUUGAACAACAAACAAAUGAUGAAUCUAAUGACAUAAUUCGGGAAGAAAGUAAUAUAACUGAUGAUAUUAGAAUAGCGAAAAGCCAUAGCAUUUCAUCAACAUGUAAUACAGAACAUAUAUCCAUAAUAACAUCAGAAGAAACACAAAAUGAUGCAGAAAUUACUAUUAGUGUUCCUCCCAGAAGAAAAAAGUUACAGCAAAGUCCUGAAGAGACAAAAACACUUUCUGAAAGUGUUGUGAUAAGCAAGUCAACCCAAGAUAAAAUAUAUCCAAAACAUUUAAACCCAUUUUCAGAUGAUGAAGAUGAGAAUGAAAUACCAUCUGAGGAGUCACAAAAAAAGAUAAGCACAAACCCCUUUGGUAGCACUGAUGAAGAAGAUGAUAAUGUACCGCCAAUACAACCAACUUCAAAAGAUCAGAAUAACCAGGCUACGCCCAAGAGACGUCUUAUAGCCGUAAAUCCUUUUUGGUCUGACGGAGAAGAGCCUUCAUCAGAUGAAGAAGAAACACGUGAUAGUAGGUCAAAAAUAUACAAUUCUUCGAUGGCAACGAGCACGCCGAAUUUACCAAUAAGCAUUCCGCGCCGCAAGAAAGCAAAAGCUCCACCCCCGCCAGUUAUAACGAUAGAGGAACCUGCAACUCCAUUGGAACAUCCUUCUACAUCUAUGGACGACGUGGCGAGCAUCUCAUCACUCAGCUCGUACAACUCCACUGUGCAUUCUGAUCAAAAAUCCGUCGGCAAUUCAACACCAAUGUUAAAGAAAAAACGCCUCGCGCCCACUCCACCAGAUAGUAUCUCUACGGCGUCAGGAUUCGGAGGCUCAAUGGAGAUAGGUGUCGACACUUCUGGCAUACGCAAUACAUCUGAUGGUGGACGUAAGCUAAAGGGCCCCGCACCAGGUCUGCCACUACCUGAACGACGUGAAGUGAAACUCCAGGUAUCGCCAGAGGAACUGCAAGUUCAACUCGACUUGUUGGAAACACAGCAACUAGGGCUAGAACGACAAGGCGUACUUAUCGAGCAAAUGAUUCGGGAUAAGUGUGAGGGCGACGACUCAUCUUCGGUGCCGCAAGAGGAAGUGGAAGAUUUAGUAAUACAACUGUGUGAACUAGUCAAUGAGAAAAAUGACUUGUUCAGGAAGCAAACUGAAUUAAUGUACAUUCGGCGACAACAACGAUUAGAACAAGAACAAGCUGAUAUUGAACAUGAGAUAAGAGUGAUACAGUCGCGACCAGCGGUUAAUCGCAUUGAUGCUGAUAAGGCACGCGAGGAACAAUUGGUGUCCCGUCUUGUAGAAAUUGUGCGCAUGCGCGACGAAUUGGUCCAGCAAAUUGAUGCAGAACGACGUCGAGAGCGACAGGAAGAUCUCGCCAUCGCUGCUUCGAUAGCCAAUAAAAGAGCGCAACGGAAUAGUGAAUCAAAUAGUUCAUCUAUUAAAUCAGCAGAAGUUGUCGCAACACCCAAGAAAAGCAAAGUAAAGGACAAAGUUAAAAAGCAACUUAAGAAAGCCAAACAUACAUUAAUUUCCAAGAAAAAAGAAGAUGGCGGUAAGACAGAGAAACCAGAAAAAGAUAAAAAAUCAAAAUAAAAUUAUUGAUUUCUUGUUU